AUGAACGCAUCCUCACUCCUUCCCUCCCGCUUUCGCGGUGAGCAGCCGAAUGGUCAACCAUCCCCACCCUCGACUAUCAACAAGAAAUUCACGCCCUUUCUCCAAUUCGUCUCCAAAGUCGCCUGCAUCCACCCCAUCUAUACCAUCUGCGUUGUAGCCAUCUUGGCAAGCACCACCUACGUUGGUGUUGUCAAGGAGAGCCUCGUCGAUGCGACCCGAAGCGUCAGGAGAGCAGAAUGGGAAUCUCUAGCAGAGGGGAGCCGGAGCUUGGUCGCAGGCCCCGAGACAUCGUGGAAAUGGCAGAGCUUCGAUGCCGACGCCCCAGUCCCUAAGAAUGCCGAUCAUCUGGCCUUGAUUACACUUGUCUUCCCCGAGUCUUCUCCCGAGGCUCCCCAAACCGCGCCGUCACCGCACGUCGUUCCCUUGCCGAGCAACCUUUCCGUCACGCACCUACCCUCGACCUCGAAUACUCUGACCACAUACGCCCAGGACAGUGCUUUGGCCUUUUCUAUCGAGUACAGCCAAGCACCCGAGUUCCUUGCUGCGGCCCAGGAGAUUCCCAACGAUGUGCCCGGCCAGGAAUCCCUCGAGACUGAAAGCGGCAAGAAGGAGAAGAAAAUGUGGAUCAUCAAGGCCGCCGGAGGUCAGGCACGAAGCAGCCUGGUUCGCUGGGCUCGCAAUGCCUGGACUGACUUCCUGGAUCUGCUCAAAAACGCCGAGACUCUGGACAUUAUUAUCAUGGUGCUUGGGUACCUCUCCAUGCACCUGACUUUUGUCUCUCUGUUCUUGAGCAUGAGAAAGCUUGGCUCCAACGUUUGGCUUGCGACUACCGUCCUCUUCUCUUCAACUUUCGCCUUCCUGUUUGGUCUGAAUGUGACCACAAGGCUGGGAGUUCCCGUCUCGGUUGUCUUGCUGUCUGAGGGCCUCCCAUUUCUCGUUGUAACGAUUGGCUUCGAGAAGAAUAUUGUUCUGACCAAGGCCGUCCUAUCACACGCCCUGGACCAUCGUCGACCCGAGGACAGGUCUGGUGGCGCCAACAACAGGAGAUCCCGCAGCCCACCCGAGAGCCUGAUCCAGUACGCAGUUCACAAUGCUAUUAGGGAUUGCGGCUACGAGAUUGUCCGCGAUUACGUGCUGGAAAUCAUCAUCCUUGUUGCUGGUGCUGCCUCUGGUGUUCAGGGUGGGUUGCAGCAGUUCUGCUUCCUUGCAGCUUGGAUUCUGUUCUUCGACUGUCUGCUGCUCUUUACCUUCUAUACUGCCAUUCUGUGCAUCAAGCUUGAAAUCAACCGCAUCAAGCGCCAUGUCGAGCUGCGAAAGGCUUUGGAAGACGAUGGUCUUAGCCAACGUAUUGCCGAGAAUGUUGCGACCAACAGCGAUGACAAGGACGGGAAGAACGUACCUUUGUUCGGACAGGACUUCAAGAGCAGCAGUGUCCCCAAGUUCAAAUUUUGGAUGAUUGUCGGAUUCUUCGCUAUCAAUAUUGUCAACCUCUGUACUAUUCCGUUCCGAACGCCCGAAGCUCUCUCGACUAUCUCGUCGUGGGCCGGUGGCCUCGGUGGCAUUGUUACCGCACCUCCAGUGGACCCUUUCAAGGUCGCUGCUAAUGGACUCGACGAGGUCUUGUUUUUGGCCAGAGGUCACGGCCGUACUACUGUUGUCACUGUUUUGACUCCGAUCAAGUACGAGUUGGAAUUUCCUUCUAUCCACUACGCCGAACCGCCUAAAGGUGAGGACGGAGAGGAACUUUCUCAACUUGUCGGUUACGGCAUGGGCGGUAGAAUGGUUGGAAGUCUGCUCACGAGUCUGGAAGACCCCAUCCUCUCAAAAUGGAUUUUCGUUGCACUAGCCAUGAGUGUAGCACUCAAUGGCUAUCUGUUCAACGUGGCACGAUCCGGGAUUAAGGAUCCCAAUAUCCCUACUCAUCCGGUUGACCCCCAGGAUUUAGCUGCUGCUGAAAGAUUCAACGAAGCAUCGGCUUCUACCCCCAAUAUUGGGCAAACUUACAGGGUGCCUCCAGUGAAACCACUUACUCCUGCUUCGACCGACGAUGAGGCCGACGCUUUGAUCAUGAAGCCCAAGACGGUCCACUCUGGCACACCGACACCAAGAACUCCUGUCAUUUCUCACAGCACAGCAGAACUCGAAAAGAUGCUUGCAGAAAAGCGAAUCUUUGACAUGAACGACGAAGAAAUUGUUGCGUUAUCCCUCAAGGGCAAGAUUCCUGGAUACGCUUUGGAGAAGAGCCUCAAAGACUGUACCAGAGCUGUCAAGGUCCGUCGGUCCAUCAUCUCGAGGACCAAGGCUACUACCGAGCUCACAAAUGUCCUCGAGCGAUCCAAGCUUCCCUAUGAAAACUACAACUGGGAUCUUGUCUUGGGUGCGUGCUGCGAAAAUGUCAUUGGUUACCUACCGCUACCUGUUGGCGUCGCUGGUCCUCUCGUGAUCGAUGGUCAAAGCUACUUUAUCCCUAUGGCCACCACUGAGGGUGUCCUGGUCGCUAGCGCUAGCCGUGGCUGCAAGGCUAUUAACGCCGGCGGCGGUGCUGUUACUGUUCUCACUGGCGAUGGAAUGACUCGCGGUCCUUGUCUGAGCUUCGAAACUCUUGAGCGUGCCGGUGCCGCCAAAAACUGGCUCGACUCAGACGCUGGCCAGGCCAUGAUGAAAAAGGCAUUCAAUUCCACGAGCAGGUUUGCAAGACUACAGACGAUGAAGACUGCACUCGCAGGAACCAACCUCUACGUCCGGUUCAAGACAACCACCGGUGAUGCCAUGGGAAUGAACAUGAUAUCCAAGGGUGUCGAACAUGCUCUCAACGUUAUGGCAAACGAAGGAGGUUUCGAAGACAUGUCAAUCGUGUCGGUCUCUGGCAACUACUGUAUUGACAAGAAGCCUGCUGCUCUUAACUGGAUCGAUGGCCGUGGUAAGGGAAUCGUAGCCGAGGCUAUCAUCCCCGGCGACGUCGUCAAGUCUGUCCUCAAGUCAGAUGUGGACAGCUUGGUUGAGCUCAACAUUUCAAAGAACCUUAUCGGUUCUGCCAUGGCUGCUUCUAUUGGUGGGUUUAACGCCCACGCCGCUAACAUCGUCGCGGCUAUCUUCAUCGCUACAGGCCAAGAUCCGGCUCAAGUUGUGGAAAGCGCCAACUGUAUCACCAUCAUGAAGAACCUCCGUGGUUCUCUUCAGAUUUCCGUGUCUAUGCCUUCUAUUGAAGUCGGUACUCUAGGUGGUGGCACAAUCCUAGAGCCGCAGAGCGCAAUGCUGGACAUGCUCGGAGUCCGUGGCGCGCAUCCUACCACCCCUGGCGAGAACGCAAGAAGAUUGGCACGUAUCAUCGGUGCCUCUGUACUAGCUGGUGAGCUGUCGCUCUGCUCAGCUCUUGCGGCUGGUCAUCUAGUCCGGGCCCACAUGGCACAUAACCGAUCGGCACCGCCUACUAGGAGUACCACGCCAGCUCCGAGCGGUACCAUGACACCAGUCGGCCUUACCAUGACAAGCGCAGCCGAGAAGGCUGUUGGCAACAAGAGUGCUGCUGCUGUUGAGCGUGGGAGGCGAUGA